AUGCCCCACUCCUUCGGCUCUGUGGGUGGGCUGGUGCUGGGGGACAGCCCUCUGCCCACCAGUCCCAAUGGCACAAAGCAUCCAGUCCCCAUCCCCACCGCCUUGCCUGCUAGUGAACUGUGCUGGCCAGUCCGUCCCAUGAUGCGCAACGAGCUGGACACCUUUUCCAUCCACUUCUACAUCUUCUUCAGGCCCAAUGUGUUAGUGCCGCCUGACCACCCCGCUGUCUUCGUCAUCAACCUUCUACCGGUGCUGGAUAGUGGUGGGGUGCUCAACCUGGAGCUGCAGCUCAAUGUGAGCUCCCUGUGUGGUGAGAACGCAACAGUGUUUGGGUGUCUGAACCAUGAAGUCCUGCUGAUGUCCAGUGACAACGCAUCGGUCACCUGUGAGACGGAGUCCCUGGCAGGCUUCCUGCUCUCUGUCAAUGCCAUGGUCAGCCUCAGCCACCUGCGGAUUCCCUACCCACAGACAGGCAGCUGGUACCUGGGCGUGCGCUCACUCUGUGCCACAGAGCAUGGGUUUGAGCCUUGCACCAACGUGACAGCUGAGGUGUACCUGCACACCUACCUCUCGCCCUGCAUCAAUGACUGUAGCAUCUAUGGCCAGUGCAAGCUGCUGCGCACCAACAACUACCUGUAUGCCGCCUGCGAGUGCAAAGCUGGCUGGAACGGCUGGGGCUGCACAGACAAUGACGAGGCUUUCUCCUAUGGUUUCCAGCUCCUCUCCACACUGCUGCUGUACCUCAGCAAUGUCAUGUUUGUGCCUCCUGUGGGCAUUGCCAUCCACAGCCACUGCCUCCUGGAAGCUGCCAUCUACGUGCUGUACCUGCUGGGGGCCAUGCUGCUCUCCAUGACUCUGCAGAUGGGCUGCCACAGGCUCUGGAACCUGCUGGGGACCCGCCUCUUUGCCUUAGGGAUCAUGGCCAUUGCCUGGAUGGCUCGCACCAUCCAGCGCCGCCACUGCUACCCGCCAACCUGGAAGUGCUGGGCUUUGUGCCUUGGAGCGCUGAUUGCAGUGGCUGCCGUGCUGCUCUACGCCUUUGUGGAGACGGAGGAGAACUAUUUAUACAUCCACAGCAUCUGGCACUUGCUCAUCGCUGGCAGUGUUGGCUUCCUGCUGCCGCCCUGUGCCAAGCCCAACAGGUGCCUGGGACCCCUGCCCCAGCGCAAGGGCUGCGGGUACCAGCUCUGCAUCAAUGAACAGGAGGAGCUGGGGCUCGUUGACACAGCGAUGGCCUCCAUCAACAGCAUUUGUACCAGCUGA